UUCAGGCUGAGUGACUAACUGGAGUCGGGCUACAUAUGUUAGCGUAUCUACUAUCCACCACAAUAUUGCAGAUGCCUAAACGAAAACGCGCACAACGUCCAGCCUCUGAAUCGGGGGAAGAUUAUGCUGACAACUCCGACAGUUCCUACAACGAAACACCGCGCGCUGAAGUGACAAAGAAGACUAGGAAGACGCGUCAAGCACCGCGUACGACGCGUAAGAAGGGUCACGACGAUGAUGGCUGCACUGUAGUCAACAAUAAUUCGGGUCAUCCAGUGUCCAUGCACGUCAUAAGCGCUGUUGAGCCGAUGCGAAUCGCGCUCCUGGAGUGGUAUGACAGAGUCCACGACGCUCGAAAAAUGCCUUGGCGCAAGAAGUUUGACCCCUCGCUCGACGUCGAGGGACGUGCACAAAGAGCAUACGAGGUCUGGAUCUCGGAAAUCAUGCUACAGCAAACUCAAGUCGCGACCGUGAUACCGUAUUAUAAUAAAUGGAUAGCGAAAUUCCCUACCAUCCGUGACCUUGCAGCUUCUGAUAUCGAGACCGUCAACUCCUUGUGGAAGGGGUUAGGCUACUACUCACGUGCAGCACGGUUGCUAGGUGGUGCCCAGAAAACCGUCAAAGAAUUACAUGGCCGCUUACCUGACAAUGCAAAAGAUAUGGAGGCAGAGAUACCGGGCGUAGGUAGAUACAGCGCAGGCGCAAUAUCUUCUAUUGCGUAUAAUCAGUGUGUACCUGUGCUUGAUGGCAAUGUACAUCGACUUCUCAGUCGUUUCACAGCGCUGCAUGCACAGCCCAAAUCUAAACGAACCCUAGAUGUCCUAUGGGCAGGCGCUGAAUCAUUCAUAAAACAGUCAAAGCGCCCUGGUGACAUAAAUCAAGCUUUGAUAGAACUGGGAAGUACUAUCUGUGCAGUUCGAGAUCCUGUGUGUUCGGAUUGCCCCCUGCGUCUAUGGUGUAAGGCAUAUCAGAGGACGCAACCUAAUGCAUCACAUCCAAGUACCGUAGAAGCUGAUGUUGAGGAACUCUGCUUGGUUUGUGACCCUAUACCAUCCGAUGAGGACAAUGGAUCUGUGACUAUAUAUCCAAUGAAAGCUGAACGCAAAAAGCCCAGAGAAGAACUUGAUUCUGUGAAUGUCAUAGAGUGGCGAAGCAGGAACAAUCGAGAUCGCUGGUUUCUACUGGUCCGCCGACCCCAAGGGGGACUUUUAGCUGGUUUACACGAAUUUCCUACACUAGCCAAUCUAUCAGGCGCAGACGCUUCUGCAUCCAGUAUGGCCGAGGCACCUUACACACUUCUCCAAGGACUUCUCAUGCAUCCACCAUCCUCGCACAGCAAAAAAGUGCACUCGAAGGAGUUACCGAACUCUAACUCGUCUUAUCAGGUUCCAAAAGUAACACAAGUGACGUCCGCGGGUGAUGUUGUUCAUGUAUUUUCGCACAUUAAGAAGACCUAUCGUGUUCAGUGGGUAUUAUUGGAAGGAGACGAGCUUCCACAACUUCGUCCAGCUAUUUCCCCAGAUCAGGCCGCCAGGGAAAAUGGUAAUCGCGCCAAAACCCCCAAGGGAAAGGGAAAACGAAAAGUGUCCGAGGUAUCCGAGGUGGAGGUUAAUACAAUUACAGAGACAUUGAAUGCUCAGUGGGUACCGCUCACCCAAGUAGAGGAUGUAAACAUUGGUACUGGUGUUCUCAAGGUGUGGAAGCUUGUUGAGAAGCUGUGGACUAUCACACAGUGAUUAUAUCACGUCUGGAAACUUGCCAAAAGUCUAUUUAUCUGAUACACAUGUCGAUAAUUAGAUCCCAGGCUUAUCGCCAAACCCGCAAAUCUCAAGAUGGAUUGAAGCA